UCUCUCUCUCUCAGUCAGUGCUGUAUCCUUCCUUCCUUCCCAUCGCAUCAUGCCAUCCCUUCUCCGUCCGGAUCUUUGGAAAUACGCACAUUGGCCUCAGUCAAGGAAGAAAUAAGCGAUUUAAAAUAAUAAUAAUAAUAAUAAUAAUAAUAAUAAUAAUUAUCACAAUUACUCCUGCAUUAAUAAAGCAACGGAUUUUUAAAGGGAGAAACGGAGGAGCUACGAAAGGAACCGGAGAGGGAUCCUGCGGCUGUGUCCCAAAUCCACAUGCACAGUGUGCAAGGUAGGCAGCGUGAAGCCCUGAAGAACUGAAGGACGCACUGCACUUCUUUCUUUUUCUUUUUUUUUUUUUAUACAAGGAAUGCAAUUUAGGCUCAUUGAAUGCAUCAUUUAUGUGUACUGUAUAUUUUAUUCAACGUAAUGAAUGAUUACUGAUUGAAAAAGAAGUAUAUUUUUUUUGUAAAUCAUCCACGGCUGUACCAUAUGACCAUCUGCCAUGAAGGAUAACUGAAGCUGCGGAGGUGGACCACUGAAGAAGAAGAAGAAGAAGAAGAAGAAGGAGGACUUUAAUCUCUGUGACCUGAACACACUCUCUAUACUCAUUAAUAAAAAAAAGAAAUUAAAUAUUAAUGUCCGCACACGUCCAUGCAUUUCCAUGAGGUCUUCACUCUGAACUGAACAACGCUCACACGUCUAGUCUUCAUGUAGGUCUCGUCCACUCAUCGUCCAUUCCCAUAGAGCAAUAAGAAGAAGAACAGUCAGCACUUCACUGGAAUGUAUCGGCUACGUGAAACCAAAGACGCGUAAAAAAGUUGUGCAAUCCACGCUUCCAUCCUCAAUCAGUCACUGUGCAACAUCUCCAUCAUCCCCAUCAUCUCCAUCAUCUUCUUCUCAGGUCAGUCGGAUUUUCCUUUCUCACGCUUGUCACUCCCGAUCGCUCGUCUUCCACGCUAUGCACUCAUCACAGACUUUCUCUUUCUUUUAAACAUCACAAACCUCAAAAAAAUUCAAGUCUUCCAUUACAGAUGAGGAAAGCUGAGACGUGAAAAGUGUGAAGGUCGACCUUUGAUCAGAGAUUUUCUUUCUUAAAACUUAAACUGCUAUGUUAUAGAUAGACUAGCAACACAACAUUAACAUAAUAAAGAAUCUCAUCAUCACAAAAACAAACAAAACAAAACAAAAAUCAUUGAGAAGCAGACCGGAGAGCAUCACUGGAGUGGACGCUGCUGUCCUGAACAGUAGCGGACACUUCUUCAGUGAAGUGAAGGUAGAAGAAAAGAGCUGGAAGUAAGCUGAAGAAAGGCAAAAAGUCCAGGACCACAAGGAGAAAGCAAACACUGAAGUGACGGCGAGGGACACGGCUACUGAAAUCCACCGCUGCAUCGUGGGACACACACGGAGACCCUCUGAUCUACAACAGCGUCUGUGUGAGUGUGUGAGUGUGUGUAUAUGCGUGCGUACCUCUCCUGGAUGAAGAUGACUGCAGUCCAGGUGAUGUGGCUCCCGCUGCUGCUGCUGUGUAUCCUCCAGGCUCGACUCGGCAGCUCGGCAUGUGUGGAGGUCGACUCGGACACUGAGGCCGUGGCGGGAAAAGAGUUCAGGCUGGGCUGCAUUUCCUGUAAGAUGCGAGGCGAGGUGGAAGCCACGGCCACCGUAGACUGGUGGUUCAUGGCGACAGGAGAGAGCGACUUCACCCACAUCUACAGUUACAGCGAUAAGAUUGGUGUGGUGACAGACGACCGCUUCAAGGACCGUAUUGAGUGGGUGGGCAGUAAAAACACGCUGGACCUGCAGGACGGAUCUCUAAAAGUCCUAAACGUCACGUACAAUGACACGGGGACGUACCGCUGCUACUUCGACCGCACGCUCUCCUUCACCUACUACGAGUUUCACACCAACACCACCAAGUUCAUCACCAUCAACGUCGUGGCCAAAGAGACCCGUGGCAUGGCUUCCAUCCUGUCAGAGGUGAUGAUGUAUGUGUCGAUCAUCGGGCUGCAGCUGUGGUUACUGGUGGAGAUGGUUUACUGUUACAGGAAAAUUGCUGCAGCUGGAGAGGAAGCGCUGAGAGAGAGCGCAGCUGAGUAUUUAGCCAUCACUUCUGAGAGUAAAGAUAACUGCACUGGCGUGGCUGUGGCCGAGUAACACACACACACACACACACACAAAGGUCAUGUGAUGUGUGUGUUACUGCUGAUUUGUGAGAGGUCAAGAUUUCUCUCUCUGACCUGCGGCUGGUUUUCAGGGCCAGAAAUCCUCUGAUGCAUCACCAUGGCAACGACCUUCAUCUGGAUUACCUUCAACUGGUCCUGAACCGCGUCACUCCUCUUCCUCCCCGUCUGUACCGGACGAGUGGGGGCACGUGUGUGUGUGUGUGGGUGUGUGUGUGUAGAAUUACAUGGGCAGCGUUUCAUUACACAGAGUGAAGCUCAGCAGCACUCAGACACAUAAACAAAUAAACAAACAAACAAACAUCUGAUGUAAAGCACAGCAUGAAUAAAUGUAUAAGUGAUAAACACAGUAGAGUUGUUCUAACGAGCUGUACAUAUUAAUCAACUCUCUUUCCUUUCCACACACAAAUGAUAUGCAGCGUGGGGCUGUGCUAACGAGCAUCAGACGUUCUAACGACCUUCACUUCACCGAAUAAACACACACUUUAUUAACGUGAGGUCGUGCUACACGACGGUAUGAAAGCUGAAAGAAUGAACUCUAACGCUGCACGUUCGUCAAACAGCGUGAAUAAACAUCAUUACAUGUUAGCAUUUUUUAAUUUAAUUGUAACAUCGAGGAGUAAAUAACAAAAACAACCGAUACCAUCAAACACACACUGUAAUGAGGAGUAUGUGUGGAGAAAUGCUAACGCUAACGACACGAUGCUAAUGCAGCUGCCUCAGUUAUUUUACUUAAAACUCUUAAAAGGAAAUUUCAACCUUCUGUACCGUUAGCGAAGGCUAAACCAGCUAACCAGUGAACAGCUAACACUGCCAAUUAGCACGACUGCAGAACUACAAUCACCGUGUUUUUUUACUCUGAUUUUGAAAAAUUAAUUAGCAUGAAGCUGCACUGUUACGUGGCUAAGACAAUACUAACGCUUAUAACAUUACGCUAAUGCAUGCUAAUGUCGCUAAACUCAAUCCAAUUAUACCAGUUAUGCGUAAAAGCAAUGACAGUUAGCACUGCCAGUUAGCAAGUUAGCGUUCAGCUUAACCAUUCACAACUAUCCAUUAUAUCAUAUUCUCAUAUUUGUAUGACGUUAUUAAGCACAUCACAAGCUCAGUAAAAACCUGAGCAGUUAGCAUCUAGCAGUUAGCUAUUAGCAUAAAGCUACAGCCUGCCAGUUGUCUGAAGGGAUAAACAGGGACGCAUCUGUGAGGUGAGGAUGAACUCGCUCCAGCACUGUGCUGAGACCUGAUGGUAAAAGUGUGAUGCUAAUAAUGUUAGCUGUGUAAAAUCUGACGGAAGAAAACAAAGCUGCAUGACACCGGGGGGCGGGAUUUAUUCACGUGUGUAAAUUUGUUGCGAAUGUUUUUACUGCAUGAAACUUUCCAGUAUGAAGAAAAAAAACUUCAACUAACGAAAGCUGAGGACUUUAAAACCGUGGGGGUGGGGGGUGUUAGGGUCACUCUCACUGCCUCUACACACACACACACACACACACAGCAGCUCUGAGUGUAUGAGGUCAGGUGACAGUAAGGUUGCUGUUGCUACGAGUCGCGUGAAACCCCAGUGUGAGGCGAUUGACUGAAGCUAGCUGUAACACUUGAGCUAACUGCAAGACUGAAGCUAGCUGUAAGAGUGACUGAUUAUCAGCAGAAUAAACACCGAAGAGUUUUAGAACCAAAACUGAAACCGAUUCUGAUCUCUCUGGAUUUUAAAUGCUAAUUCAGAGGCUAAAUUCUGAGGAGAUUUUUACUGCAUGAUCGCGUGACCCGGGUGAUGAACGCUGACGUUUAUUUCCUCAUGAUGGUAAUAAAUAACACGUAAAAUGUUAACCAUGUCCUUAAACUCACUCGAGUCUGUAGAAACACUUAAAGGAGUUCCUCACUCACAAUGCUAACGUACAACCGCUAAUGUAAAACUGAACGGUAUGUUGACUAGCGACACCCCAGUCACCCACGUUAGUCACCUGCGUUAGCAUGAAUGUUGAUGUUCUCCUUUUAAAGAUGUUAGCUAAUUUUAGUGCUAAUACUAAAUGAAUGUUGGGCUACUAACACACACACACACACACACACACACACUGUUCUCAGCCUCAACACACCAAUCUAAUGUAUGCACUUCAUGUAUAAAUGAAAUGUUGCUUGCCAAAUGAAUAAAGAAUGAAGUAUGAUAA